AUGCUAUCUGUUUAUAGCGGUUGCGUAAAACAAUUAAAGAUUAAUUUGAAUUUCAAUUCGUAUUCAAAUAACCUUGUCACUUGGUCGAUUUAUCAACAAAUUGAACAUUAUCUAUCUAUCUAUCUAUCGCAGUCUGUUAAUAUCUAUCUAUCUAUCUAUCUAUCUAUCUAUCUAUCUAUCUAUCUAUCUAUCUUUUAUUUAAACUCUCCUUGGCUAUUCAUCUAUCGCAGUCUGUUAAUAUCUAUCUAUCUAUCUCAGUCUGAUCAUAUUUAUCUAUCGAGCUCGGAUAGUUUAUAUCACAUUAGCCUGGUCAUAAUCUAUCUAUCUAUCUAUCUAUCUAUCACAGUUAAUUAUCUAUUUAUCUAUUUAUCGAUCGAUCGAUCUAUCUAUUCAUAUUUAUCUACUUUCCUGGUCAUAAUCUAUCUAUCUAUCUAUCUAUCUAUCUAUCUAUCUAUCUAUCUAUCUAUCUAUCUAUCACAUUUAAUUCUUACACACACACACACACACACACACAUAUAUAUAUAUAUAUAUAUAUAUAUAUGA